AUGUGGCAAACUACAAACAUUUCCGUACAAAACAAGAAUUAUAAUAGUGAAUUAUUGCACGUGUAUCACCCAAAAACUUCCAGCACCAAUGCCACUCUCCUCCAACUUCUUUAUUUUAUUUUAUGGCUGGCACACUCGUCCCAAUUUUUUUUUUUUCAGAGCGCGAGUCUAAAACGAAAUUCGGGAUGUGUUUUUUUAUCGUUCUUUCUGGGGUCUUCGCCCACUGGAUACAACUUCACUCGAUUGUUUAAUCUUAUCACCAACAUAUGUGAAUUUAGCUCCCAAUUGUCAAGUCGCGUCCUCGCCCAGAAGACCACCCAUGAUAAAUAUUCACAAAUCCUGGGUAGUACCGUUUCUAUAAGCAACUACGAGCAAAGAAAUCUCAAAAACCUUACACCCCAAAUAAUAGCUGCCAUUUUAGUCACGUCGUACCAUGUUUCCAUAGGAAUCUCUCUAGCUUUUUCGGCCAUCCUCCUCCCCCAGUUGGAGGAAAAUGCGGACUUCGAAGUCACCAAAAGCGACGCUUCGUGGAUAGCUAGCAUAGUCGCUCUAACUAACCCAGCUGGUAGUCUCAUGGUGGGUGUCCUGAUGGACUACUUCGGGCGCCUCCGAACCCUUACUCUAGCCGCAAUCCCAGGACUCGGUGGUUGCGUCCUCAUGGCUCUAUCCCAAAACGUCCCAAUGCUAAUAACCGGAAGAGCUCUAGUCGGACUAUCGUCAGCUCUAGGUUCCAGCCCCGCCAUCGUCUACCUCACCGAAAUCGCCAGAAAAGACAUGCGAGGCUCUUUGAUAUCCCUCGCCCCGGCUCUAACUUCUCUAGGGAUGGUACUAACGUUUAUUAUGGGUUGGUUCAUGAACUGGAGACAAGUCGCUUGGUUGAGUACCAUCUUCACUCUAAUCCCGUGUUUUCUGGUCUUUUUUAUACCAGAAAGCCCGGCUUGGUUGGUCUCCAAAGACAAAAUCGAGGAAGCGAAGAAGUCUUUGAUGUGGAUCAACAAGUACCAACCACAACCAGAAAACAAAACCCAGACGUAUUCCGAGUUGCAGUUGACCCUGCUUCAGAAAGAGCACGAGUUGAAGCUGAUUGAAGACAGUAGAAGAACGGGGAACGAAAUAAAGGCCAAGUUUUACGAAUUUAUGAAACCUACAGGCUACAAACCCUUGAUUAUUCUGACUGGGAUGUUCAUGUUUCAGCAGUUUUCUGGAAUUUUUAUCUUCUUGUUCUUUUCGAUUUCGUUCUUCCAAGAAGUGGGUUCCACGUCUAACCCAUAUCUGACUUCUAUUUUCAUCGGAGUUGUUCGUUUUAUCAUGUCGAUGAUCAACACGUACGUCCAGAGGGCCUAUGGCAGACGAUCUCUUCUUCUGAUUAGUUGCUUCGGGAUGUCUUUGUUUAUUGUUCUUUCUGGGCUCUUCGCCCACUGGAUCAAAACUGGUACCACUACGAUGACCUGGAUUCCGGUGGUGUGUCUGUUGAUGUUCGUGGUCGCGUCCAUGAUAGGCGUCAUACCGAUUCCCUAUACCAUGACUGCUGAGUUAUUUCCUCUGGAAAUUCGGGGGGUGGCCCAUAGUGUCUCCAUUUGUAUUGCUAGUUUCGUCAUGUUUCUUUCUUUGCAGCUGUAUCCAGUCAUGUUUGACCUGUUUGGUGGGAUUUCUGGUGUGCAGUACUUCUUUGGUGGUGUUACUUUGGUGGGCGCGGUGUAUGUGUAUGUCUUUUCGCCGGAGACGCAAGAGAAGAAGCUUUCGGAGAUUGAGGAGUAUUUCAGGAAUAAUGUGGUUUAUAUUGGGAAGAAGAAGGAGAAGGAAGUGAAGAGGGUGCCGGUGAAGACUGUACACAGUAUAGUACGGAAACAAGAGCAGGAGGAGCAUUUGUUGGAGGAGGUUUGACGACUUUUGUGUGGAGUGUUUAUAAUAUCUUUGCUUUGUAGUAAAAUUAAUUAAGUGUUAAAUGUUUUGUAUUUACUGUUAUGAAUCUUAUAAAUAAAAUCUACUUGUAAAAACAUAAUUAAAAAAAUAAAUGUUUAAAAGAU